CUCUCGACCGCCCUCCCCAACGAUAGAUCGAUCGCGCAUCUCUCCCAUCCCACCUGCGCUCGUCGCGCCCGGCACCCUCCUCCUCCUGGCUUCUGCACACCGCCGCGCGUCGUGGAGAAGAGAUCCGGCCGCCGCCGGGCCAUGAAUUGAUCCCCGUCGCGAGGGGAUCGAGGAGGAGGAGCGCCGCGCCGCCGUCGAUGUCGUCGUCCAGCUCGCCGUGCGCGGCGUGCAAGCUGCUGCGGCGCAAGUGCACGCAGGGGUGCGUCUUCGCGCCCUACUUCCCGCCCGACAACCCGGCCAAGUUCGCCAACGUGCACCGCGUCUUCGGCGCCAGCAACGUCUCCAAGCUCCUCAACGAGCUCCCGCAGGCGCAGCGGGAGGACGCCGUCAACUCGCUCGCCUACGAGGCCGAGGCGCGCCUCCGCGACCCCGUCUACGGCUGCGUCUCCUACAUCUCCGUCCUCCAGCUCAGGCUCAAGCAGGCCCGCGAGGACCUCGCCGCCGCGCGCAAGGAGCUCGCCGGCUACAUCGGCCCCGCCGCCUUCGCGCCCUUCGUCGCCCCGCCGCAUGCGCAGUACCACCACCACCACCAGUACGCCGGCGUGUCCCUCGCCGCCGGGAUGGGGCUCGGCGUUGGCGUCGCGCCGCCGCAGCACGGCCACCCGCAACAGCAGAUGAUGGUGCAGCACCAUCAGCACCUCCACCACCACCAGCAGAUGGCCGAGGCGCAGCAGCUGGCCGCCGCCGUCGAGGUCGCCAGGGAGCAGGACCUCAUGAUGAGGCAGGCCGCCGCCUACGCGCACGCCGUGCCAGGGAGCAGCGCCGGCGCCACGGUCGCCGUCGUGCCGCCCGACGCCGUGCCGUACGAGGGCGGUUUCCUCUUCCAGCAGCAGCAACCGCCGCCAUCGCAGGCGCCGACGGCCGUCGCGCUCACGUACCAGAUGGAGCAGUCCCCGCCGCCGUCGUCGUCGGGCCAGUCGCACCCGGAAGUGUCGCACCAGCAGAAUACGGACGGAAGCGACGAGGGCAGCGGUGGCGGCGCAGCGCCGCCGGCCUGAUCUGACGGCCGGCGGUCUGCCUGCCUCUGAUUUGUCCUUUCAUUAGCCUUUUCUUUUCUUUGGUGUUCCUUGUUCCUUGUGAUUUUUUUCCCGUACGUCUUCUUCAUCAUAUGGCGUCGUCGGAAUCGAUCUAGGAUCCGUGCAUCCCGAAGGCAGGCGAGAUGGAUCCUUCUCAAGGUUCCUCAUGAUCAGUACGUUGCCUUUCUUCCUCAAGAGUUAGAGCCAAAUAAAUGCAAGACAGAAGGAGUGGUAGGAAAUGGGGACAGAUAUACUCAUCUUGGAUCAGUGUAACACAGAGAAAUUAAUGGUGGGAAGGUGGAGAGAUGGGGCAGUAGAGGUAGACAGACACAGCAGAGAGAAGCAUAGCAUGCCUGGUGUGCUGCAGUGCAGGAGGGGAUCGGAGCAGCAAAUGGUGAAGUGAUCGAGAUAGUGGAAACAAAAUGCAUGCGAACUAAAGUUGUAUGCACUGUGCAGGAGGGAGCAGCAAGCAUGAAUAAAGAAGUUGACAAGAACAGUAGGAGCAGCUAAACAUAUAUCUUCGUUCGCAUGCGCAUUUCUUCUUCUUUUCACCUUUUUCAGCGCAGUGUUAUUAUUAUUAGUAAUCUUUUGCCUUCCCCCUUUUUUUUCCUUUUUUGUUUGUCACUCGUAAAUUCGUUCUGCCAUCUUGUGUAUAAGUGAAUAUAGAGAAGCCUUUAUCUGGACAUAAAUAGACAGAGCUAGCUAGUCAGUUUUUUUUGUGACA